AUGGGCUUUCUGAAGUUCUCCCCGUUCCUGGUUGUCAGCAUCUUGCUCCUGUACCAAGCAGGCAGCCUCCAUGCAGUGCCUUUCAGGUCCACCUUGGAAAGCAGCCCAGGCCUGGCCACUCUCAGUGAAGAGGAAGCUCGUCUGCUGGCUGCACUGGUGCAGGACUAUGUGCAGAUGAAAGCCAGGGAACUGGAGCAGGAGGAGGAGCAGGAGACUGAGGGCUCCAGCCUGGACAGCCCCAGAUCUAAGCGGUGUGGGAAUCUGAGUACCUGCAUGCUGAGCACAUACACACAGGACCUCAACAAGUUUCACACCUUCCCCCAAACUGCAAUUGGGGUUGGAGCACCUGGCAAGAAAAGGGACGUGACCAAGGACUUGGAGACAGACCAUCAUACCCAUUUUGGCAAUUAAGCUCCUCCUCUCCUUUCUGAUUUCCUUUUGCUUUCUUCCUUUAUCUUGAUGCAUGUAGUUCCUCUCUGGUUACUCUCCGGGCUGUUACUGGUUGCUUUCCUGAGGCAAAGGAUGGUAUCUGGAAUCCCCAGUGGGUGAGGAGGAUGGAGGGCUCACAGGCUAAAAGAGAAUCACUCAGGAAGGUAGCAGAG